CUCGAGCGAGCGCUGGUGAGUUUCACCCAAACCAAUAAAAAUCUUCAGUUUCCUCUUUGUCACUUCAACAGGGAAGUAGGCAGGACAAAUGCGCUGCACAAAACACAGCCUCGACUGCUGUUCGCCCUGACUGUGUGAGUGUAUAAAGCCCUGCCUGUCGGAGCGUUUGGUUCAGGGUCUUAACGGCCAGGUUAUCAUCUCGUUAACGGACUUCUGCAGGAAAUCAAGACAGCAUGACGAGCCAAGCAACAAGCCAGACAAGUCAACAAAACCAGAAAAUGACCAAGAUCCCCCUCUCUCGCUCCGAGGUGUUCGGGGAGCUGAGGAAGGAGCUGCAUGAAGAUGAAGAGUUCCACCAGUCUGACGCUCACAUCUUCAUCAUCAUGGGAGCAUCGGGGGAUCUGGCUAAGAAGAAAAUCUACCCAACUCUAUGGUGGCUGUUCAGAGACGGCCUCCUCCCUGAGCAGACAUAUUUCGUGGGCUUUGCUCGCUCGGACUUGACCGUUGAUGCCAUUCGAGCUUCUUGCCUGCAGUACCUGAAGGUGACAGAUAAAGACGCAGAGCGGUUGUCAGCCUUCUUCAGCAGGAACACAUACAUCAGUGGGAAAUAUGCCGAUGAGGAUUCCUUCUCCAAACUCGACACACACAUCCAGUCUCUGCCCGGAGGAACCGAGGCCAACCGGCUCUUCUACCUGGCGCUGCCCCCCACCGUCUACCACGACGUCAGCAAGAACAUCAGGACCUGCUGUAUGAGCAAAAAGGGCUGGACCAGGGUGAUCGUGGAGAAGCCGUUUGGACACGACCUGCAGAGCUCUGAGGAGCUCUCCGCUCACCUCUCCUCCCUCUUCACUGAAGAUCAAAUCUACCGUAUCGAUCACUACCUGGGCAAGGAGAUGGUGCAGAACCUCAUGGUGCUCAGGUUUGGAAACCGAAUCUUCGGGCCGAUCUGGAACAGGGACAGCAUAGCCUGUGUUGUUCUCAGCUUUAAAGAACCGUUUGGCACUCAGGGACGAGGAGGCUACUUUGAUGAUUUUGGCAUCAUCCGCGACGUCAUGCAGAACCAUUUGCUCCAGAUGCUCUGCCUGGUUGCCAUGGAGAAACCAGCCUCCACCAGCUCUGAUGACGUCAGGGAUGAAAAGGUGAAGGUGCUGAAGUGCAUCGCUCCAGUGACCCUGUCAGACGUGGUGCUGGGUCAGUAUGUGGGGGAUCCGGAGGGGGAGGGAGACUCCAAACUGGGUUACCUCGAUGAUCCAACUGUUCCCAAAGGAUCCACUCAGGCCACCUUCACCACCGCUGUGCUCUAUGUGCACAACGAGCGCUGGGAUGGUGUUCCUUUCAUCCUGCGCUGCGGAAAAGCUCUGAAUGAGAGGAAAGCCGAGGUGCGGCUGCAGUUCACAGAUGUCCCGGGGGAUAUUUUUGGAAAUCAGUGCCGCAGGAAUGAGCUCGUGGUGCGUGUGCAGCCCAACGAGGCCGUCUACGCCAAGAUGAUGAGCAAGAAGCCCGGCGUGUACUUUAGCCCUGAGGAAACUGAGCUGGACCUCACCUACAAGAGCCGAUACAAGGAUGUGAAGCUUCCCGACGCCUAUGAACGUCUCAUCCUGGACGUCUUCUGUGGGAGUCAGAUGCACUUUGUACGCAGUGAUGAACUAAGGGAAGCAUGGAGGAUCUUCACACCUCUUCUUCAUAAGAUAGACAAAGAGAAGCCCAAACCUAUUCCUUACAAAUACGGAAGCCGGGGCCCGACGGAAGCAGACGACCUUUCAAAGAAAGUUGGAUUUCGCUAUGAAGGCACCUACAAAUGGGUGAACCCUCACAGACUGUGAGCUGAGAGGAGGGUGGGUGUAGAGGUAGGGUAGUAGGGGCGGUGCAGCAGGGGUAGGUGAGUUGGUUUGUACUGGAGUGUCUUUUGAGGAAAGAGGCGUGUCCUAUGUGCAUCCAUCACAGUAGCAGAAAGGAGCUUUUAUUUCUCAGGUAUGGCCAUUGUUCCCUGGAGUGAGUUCAUCAGACAUCAAAAGGAGAUAUAUGAAUGUAUGCUGUAAUCAUGAGCUUAUACCACACUUGGUGUAAGAUUUGUUUAUUUUUGUCAUAUUUUAUUUACAUGUUUUAUUUUAGAGGUGGGAUCAAGUCAGUCGGAGAGAGCAAAUUAGAUCGUAUCAUUUGGUGAAGAAUAUAACGGUCUGAUGAACUAGCUCCCUGUCUCUAUUAAUUAGGUCUUAUUUGUCAGGAUGGUAAAUGGAAUAGCUGAGCAGAACAACACACUCAGCUGAGUCAUGCUCUCUCAGAUUGAAGCACUGUACCAAAGAGGUAACUGAACAACGCAGAGACGAGGAACAACCAAUGAUUGUUCACCAGCUGUCGCUCUAAUCAUCGUGAUUGUAAUACCAUUUUGCUUUGACUGCAAUUCAUAAUCACUCUUUCUGGAAUUUCUUUUCACCACUUGCAUACUCUCUUUUCGCCUCCUCUUUAGGAUACAUAGACUCUGGUUUACAAAAGGCAAUGUAGGCAGUUUCUGUUCAAAGCACUCAUUUUGGAAUAGUCUUAAGUGUCCUUACGGACAAACGAUACAAGCUCUCUGUCUGAGCUUCAUUCCCUUUUGUUUACAUUUUGUUCAGGUUUAUUUAAGUUUCUGAUGUUCAUUCCAUAUUUCUGAAGGUUCAGACAGCAGCGGUGUCCACAGGUCAACAGUGAAUGUCUUUGUAAUGACGUCCUGAAUACAGCUGCACACACAUGUAAUGCUAGCUACAUUUUCACUACUUGUAAUAAACUUGCUUCUCUGAUCA